AUGUACCAGCAAGUAACACCAUACAGCGAGCUGACCUUCAAAAAAGUUCUGCGAAUUCCGCUUCUUUCGCUCUUCUUCACCGAUAAGAUCUUUUGGGUAUCUCCAAUGGUGAGGGAGAAAGAUGUUUGCUGGGAUUAUGCUGAUAAAUUGGACGGGAACAAAGUAAGGUGUAAGUUCUGUCUUCGAGUGCUGAAUGGUGGAAUUAGCAGAUUGAAACAUCACUUGUCUCGGCUUCCCAGCAAAGGUGUAAAUCCAUGUAGCAAAGUGAGGGAUGAUGUGACUGACAGGGUAAGAGCAUUAUUAGCAUUCAAGGACGAUGGAAAAGAAGCUCCGGUUGCAAAGAAACAGAAGCUAGCUGAAGAAAGAUCUCCCAUAAGCAUCUCCAUAGGUAAAUGUUUAGAACCUGCAGAACCACCUCCUGCUCAUCAUGGCAAGGUUUUUCCGACUUCCAUGCAAAUGAUGUUGAAUGGCCCUGUCUUGAGUGAUCAAGAAAGUGCAGAGAGGUGCAUUGCUUUGUUCUUUUUCGAGAACAAACUAGAGUUUAGCGCGGCCCGUUCUUCAACUUAUCAACAAAUGAUUGAUGCUAUAGCUAAGUGUGGAGGUGGAUUCACAGGACCAUCUCCUGAAUCCCUGAAAACUAGGGCAAGACUGAAACAUAUGUUCACUAGCCCUGAGUUCUCAGCAAAUUCAGCUUUUGCAAGUAAACCUCAAAGUUUGACUUGUAUUGGCAUUCUUGAUGAUAAUGAUUUCUGGAGGGCAGUGGAUGAAUGUGUUUCCCUUUCUGAACCCUUCUUAAAAGUGAUGAGGGAAAUCUUGGGAGGAAAGCCUGCGGUAGGGUUCAUUUACGAAUUGAUGACCAGGGCAAAAGAGUCAAUCAGGACAUACUACAUUAUGGAUGAGAUAAAGUGUGCUACAUUUUUAGAUAUUGUUGAUAACAAGUGGCAUAACAACCUCCAUUCACCUCUGCAUUCUGCUGCAGCAUUUCUCAAUCCUAGCAUCCAAUACAAUCCAGAAAUAAAAUUUAUUGGAUCUAUCAAAGAAGAUUUUUACAGGGUAUUGGAGAAACUACUGCCAACGCCUGAACUAAGACGAGACAUAACAAAUCAAAUCCUUUUAUUUACCCGAGCAUCCGGCAUGUUUGGUUGUAAUCUGGCGAAGGAAGCAAUUGAUACUGUUCCACCAGAAGUGGAUCUACUUCAGCUUGACGACAUAGAUAUGUCAUCAGAAUGGGUGGAGGAAACAGAGAACUCUAGUCCAACGCAAUGGCUUGAUCGAUUUGGUUCUGCUCUUGAUGGGAAUGACUUGAAUACGAGACAGUUUAGUGCUGCCAUAUUUGGUGCUAGUGACCACAUUUUUGGUCUGUGA